CUGCCCUCGCUGGGGGACGAGGACCGGGACGUGGCCAGGGAGCGGGCGAGGGUGGGCAGCAGCCCCCCCCAGGGCCAGCUCCUGCUGCUGAAGGACCUGACCAAGGUGUACCGGCGCAGGAAGGCUCCGGCCGUGGACCGGCUCUGCGUGGCCAUCCCCCCCGGGGAGUGCUUUGGCCUCCUGGGGGUGAACGGCGCUGGGAAGACCUCGACCUUCAAGAUGCUGACGGGGGACACGGAGGUGACGCUGGGGGAGGCCUGGCUGAAGGGGCACAGUGUGCUCACCGACCUCCAGUCUGUCCACCAGCACAUGGGUUACUGUCCCCAGUUCGAUGCCAUCACAGACCUGCUGACAGGGCGGGAGCACCUGGAGUUCUACAGUCGCCUGCGUGGGGUCCCAGAGGAGGAGACCCCCAGG